GCGCAGUGGCGCGAGUUCGGCAGCGAGGCAACAUGUCGUCGCCGACGAUCCCUUCGCGUCUGUACUCCUUGCUGUUCCGCAGAACUUCCACCUUUGCCCUCACCAUCGCAGUGGGUGCCCUGUUCUUCGAGCGUGCCUUCGAUCAGGGCGCAGACGCGAUCUACGAGCACAUCAACGAGGGGAAACUAUGGAAACAUAUCAAGCACAAGUAUGAGAACAAGGAGUAACGCCCUGCCCCUGUGGGCCAGAAGGAACAGUCGCCUGUCAGCUGUUUGCCUGGAGUUGGGGCCUCAGCCUAAGGAUGAGUUUCAAGUUGCUCUUCGUGGACCUCCAGUGUGUGGGCAAGCGAUGGCUCCACUGUACAAACAGACUCACUUCUGCUGUGUUUGACUACAGCUGUCAGCAAAUAAAUGCAAAUUGCUCAUGAGACCA